AUGACUGCCAAACAUCGAGCUGAUUCAGCGAUAUUUUCAUUACAGUGUGUAUUGUCCCCUUCCCCGGUCCAGUCCCCCUCCCCGGUCCAGUCCCCCUCCUCGGUCGAGCCCCCCUACCCGGUCCAGUCCCCCUCCUCUGUCCAGUCCCCCUACCCGGUCCAGUCCCCCUACCCGGUCCAGUCCCCCUACCCUGUCCAGUCCCCCUACCCGGUCCAGUCCCCCUCCCCGGUCCAGUCCCCCUACCCUGUCCAGUCCCCCUACCCGGUCCAGUCCCCCUACCCGGUCCAGCCUCCCUACCCGGUCCAGUCCCCCUACCCGGUCCAGUCCCCCUCCCCGGUCCAGUCCCCCUCCCCUGUCCAGUCCCCCUACCCGGUCCAGUCCCCCUCCCCGGUCCAGUCCCCCUCCCCUGUCCAGUCCCCCUACCCGGUCCAGCCCCCCUACCCGGGCCAGUCGUCCCUGUCCAACGUUCCCCGGUCCAGUCCCCCUACCCGGUCCAGUCCCCCUACCCGGUCAAGUCCCCCUACCCGGUCCAGUCCCCCUACCCGGUCCAGCCCCCCUACCCGGGCCAGUAGUCCCUGUCCAACGUUCCCCGGUCCAGUCCCCCUACCCGGUCCAGCCCCCCUACCCGGGCCAGUCCCCCUACCCGGGCCAGUCCCCCCUAUCCAGUCUCCCUCUACCCGGUCCAGUCUCCCCUGUCCAACGUUCCCCGGUCCAGUGUCCCCCCUCCAUGCCAGUGUGACCAUCGCCCUCAUCAAGCUGGAAUCGGACACAUUGAAUUGA